CCAGCAGCAGUCCAUUUCGCUUAGGGUAGGCGGCUGCUCUAGUUGUCGAGUUCCAGCCUAUGCCGUGCAGCUAUUGAGGUGGGCUACCCUACUUUGGAGUGGAGAAGAAAUAUUGGACGCGUGCAUCUCUGUUGGGAAAACAGGCUACAGCGACAACACGAUAUUCGACAAUACAAAUCGAAAAGAAAUAUUACAUUAUUGAGUACGCCUUGACCUAGCAUUGAUGCAUCGGCCGAGAGGCGGAGGCUAUUCUGCACCCACAAGAGACCGCGUCUGAUGCAGGAUUGAGUCUUUGUUUUUUUUACCUUAGUUAGCGUGUUUUACAUAUAAGACAUUUUAAACUUCGUGGAAAUGACGUUAAGUCCAGUCAGCCUUCGCGCAUGAUAGGCUACAUACGGGUUUCUUUAUUUUUGCAUCAAUGUGAAGUGGAUUUUAAUGCGGACAGAUACCUAUCGCUAUAUGGUUGUGUUUCGUAUUCGGAGUCUUGGCUAGCUCGCUAGCAAGCAAGCAUACGUAUAUUAAAGUGUAUACAGGAGAGGAAUAACAUCCCGUUUCCAUGGACAACACGUCCAUCAUAACCCAGGUUGCAAAUCCAAAGGAGGAGGAAAUAAUUUCUUCAAGUCAAGAGAAAGUUUCCCAGUCCAACAGCAGCCUAAAGAAGCAUCGGAGCCGGAGCAUCUUCAGCCCCUUCUUCUGCUGCUUCCGCAACUAUAAUGUGGAAGCACCCGCCCCCAACAGCAAGCCCUGCGCCCUGCCCCCACCGGCCGAGGAGAACGGCAGCCCCCCCAAGUGUGACCAGGUCCAGGUUAUCCCCAUCCCUAGUUCUCCAGCCAAAUAUCUCCUCCCUGAGGUCAGCAUCAAUGACUAUGGCAAAAAUUGUGUGGUGAUCGAUCUUGACGAGACCUUGGUGCACAGCUCUUUCAAGCCUAUCAGCAAUGCCGAUUUCAUUGUUCCGGUGGAGAUCGACGGAACCGUUCAUCAGGUGUACGUCCUUAAGAGGCCUCACGUGGACGAGUUUCUGCAGAAGAUGGGCGAGCUGUUUGAAUGUGUCCUUUUCACAGCAAGCUUAGCCAAGUAUGCAGACCCCGUGGCGGACCUACUAGACCAGUGGGGGGUGUUCCGGGCGCGGCUCUUCAGGGAAUCCUGCGUGUUCCACCGAGGGAACUACGUCAAAGACCUCAGCCGACUGGGCAGGGAGCUCAGCAAAGUCAUCAUCGUGGACAACUCCCCCGCCUCCUACAUCUUCCACCCAGAGAACGCUGUCCCGGUCCAGUCAUGGUUCGACGACAUGACAGACACUGAGUUAUUGGACCUCAUCCCCGUCUUUGAGGGCCUCAGCCGAGAGGCAGACAUUUACACCGUACUACAGAACCUCCGGGCCAGGUAGCACCAUCUCUGCCCACACCACCCCCUCCUCGGUCCGACCUCUUGACCGCUCUCCUCCGGCUCAGAGCUCUCCCUGCAGACAGGUCCGCUGGGCUGCAGCUCUGGCUAAGACUCGGUGUGUUCAGGCCCGCCUGAAGAGGGCGCCACUCUUACCCACAGAGCACGACAGCAGAGGCGGUGGCAUACUCACAUGGCCACACCCUUAAGGGGCGGAGUCUAAACAUCCUGCCGUCUGUGAUCUUGGGACGCCAGUGAGACUGUUGGCAUGGAGACCUGUACAUACUAUAUGUUUCUAAUUUUGACCUCCAGAUGGGGAAAAAAGAACAAAAAACAGAACAACCUAAUUUUUUUACCAGAGGGAGACAAGAGUUAAGUAUCCUCUUAAGUCCUAUAUAUUUACCAAAAAAAUAAAUAAAAGUAAACAAAAAAUCAUAUAAAUAAACAAAAGCAAAUUGCUAUUUUCAGAGAGGUCUUGGAGACGUCAUCUCGUUUCGUCCUCGCUAUGCAGUCAGUCUCUCUCUCUCUCUCUCUCUCUCUCUCUCUCUCUCUCUCUCUCUCUCUCUCUCUCUCGAUCACCAGUAGUUCCAACAACUGUGAUUAUAUUCUCUUAACCCAACCAAGUGCCUUCUGACUGAUCUUUAUAUGAGGAUGAUAAAAAAUUUUAUGCUGCAUAUUUACAGACAAACUCGAACCUUUAAAAAAACAAAAAUACACGAAAGAAGUGAUGAAAUAUGUCUUUUGUUUGAAAUCCUAUUUAUGAAGAGGACUUACAAAGUGCGUUGCCACAAGCAUCUAAAGAAUAUUUACUGAUCGAUGGCUUACGUUGACUCUAAGAUUUGUUCUCAAAUUUUGACAAAAUAUAUUGUCUUAUGAUCAUUAUUAUAUGGUGUUUGCAUUCAUGGGCUAAUUGCAAUAUGACUUAUUAUGAGAUUAUAUGAUAUACAGUAUAAUGCGAAAAACAGCUGUAUUUGUUAAUCAACAGCAAGCCAAUACAAUUGCAAUUUGAUAUGAUUUCAUCAUGAAGAAAAUGAACACUGCAGACGAUGCAGUUUCUGAAUUAUAUCCUGCAUACUGUAUGUUUAAAUGAAUCUAUUUUGACCAAACUGUAAAACAUAUAUCAAUAUAUCCUAAAAGUGUAAUUGAAAACAAAUUGCAAGUAUGUCAGAACUUAACAGAAUAGUACAUACAGUUCUUGAAUCAUGUUCCAGUGAUAAGUGGCAUUAUUAAAAUAAGUUGGUUCUCUG